UCGAGGUUCUUUUCAUUCAAGACAAGAACUCAAGCACGAUGACAUCUCUAAAGUUUGUCCUCUGUCUGUCAUGUCUGUUCUUGGGGAAAAUGGCUCUGAAGACUGGCCUGAAAAAGCCCACACCUAUGCAGCAAGAGAGACGUUUUAGAUCAGCUGAUGUUGGAGACACCGUGACUUUGGAGUGUUUCUAUGAAAACGAAGAUUCAGCAUGGGUCUUCUGGUACAAGCAAACUUCGGGACAGAGGCCGAGGCUCAUGUCAAGCUUUUAUGUGUAUGAUACAAAAACCACUUUUUAUCACGAAUUCAAGAACAAUUCACGCUUCGCACUGGGUUCAAACAGUAAAGCAAAUAAUUUGACAAUUUCUGAUUUGCAAAUUUCAGACUCGGCUACUUACUAUUGCGCAAGUAGCUAUUCAUUUAUGUUUGAAUUUGCGGAGGGCACGACUCUCAGUAUAAAAGGUUCACAUUUGAACAUCCAGGCUUUGGUCCAUCAGUCAGCAUCUGAGACCGUCCAGCCAGGAGGCUCUGUGACUCUCAACUGUACAGUCCACACUGAGGCCUGUGAUGAUGAACACAGUGUUUACUGGUUCAGAAACUCUGAAGAAUCUCAGCCAGGACUCAUUUACACCCAUGGAGACAGGAAUGAUCAGUGUGAGAGGAAACCUGACACACAAACACACACAUGUUUCUACACCUUGUCACUGGGGAACCUGAAUGUUUCUCAUGCUGGGACCUACUACUGUGCUGUCGCCUCAUGUGGACACAUACUGUUCGGAGAAGGGACAAAGCUGGAAUUGGAGGAGGCUGGCCUGGCAUAUUUCUGGCAUGGAGUUUCAGCAUUCACCACCAUCCUGAGUAUUUUGCUGGCUUUCUCAUUGUGCAUGAAAACCAAGAGAAACAGCUGCCGAUCUGUGGCUCCCUCCACAGUAAAUGCAGAGGGUUACCAAGAUGGAAAAAACCUCUAUUAUGCUACUUUGAGCAACCUGACCAGAAGAUCAAGAGGACAGACAGAUCAAACUUGGACUGAAUGUGUGUACAAGCGCAUUAAGCUGUAAGGCUGGACACGUUACAUUUCUUUUCUUUGUUUCUGAGUAAGAGUCUCUUAGUGUCUCCUGCUUUGGUAAUGUGAUUUAGGAUGUUAUAAUGUAUCAAAUCCAUAAUGUGUAUUUAGCAUAUUUUUUUAUUUUUUUUUUUUAAAUGUGGUGUUUAUUAGUGUUUGUUUACAAUCAAUAAAUCUAUGAAAAUUUAUAAGAUCAUUGUUUGUACAAAUGAAUAAAUGAUUUUUCUGUCAGAUUAAUUGGUGCUUUAGAAGUUGCUUGU